UUAGCCCAUCCCCUAUUUAACCUUUUUUUUUCCUCCAUUUCCUUCCACAUCAAACUCCAUCAUCAACUGUCUUAAAUGUUGGUAUUUGUCCUAUGGCCGCUGAACUUGGCCUUCUCUCCUUGACCCAGCUUCAAAAAUUGUCUCAAUCCCAACAAAAUCAACAUCAAUUAAACCCUAGUGCGUGGAUGUGGAACCAAAAGCAAGCCCAGCAGCAAGAAGACGACGAGUCAUGGGAGGUGAAAGCCUUUGCUGAAGACACUGGGAAUAUUUUGGGCACUACUUGGCCUCCUAGGUCUUACACUUGCACCUUUUGCAGAAGGGAAUUCCGGUCGGCUCAAGCCCUAGGCGGCCACAUGAACGUGCACCGCCGUGACCGUGCACGCCUCCACCAAGCGCAGCCUAAUUCUGGCAAUAUUCCAACCUCAUCGCCUAAUUCCAAUACCCCAUUUAUAAUCCCAACUCAAGAAUUCCUUGCAAAUGGUGGAGGGUUAUGCUUGCUCUACCAAUUGCCAAACUAUAACGCUGCUGCUUUCACUACUUCAACGCCAAUAAAUAGUACAACAUGUAUUGAUCAGUCACCUUCCACUCUCCUAUCUAUUUCACCCUAUGCAUCACCACCCACUAAUUUUCCAUUGGGGACACAACCAGGUACCAAUUCUUCUUCUUCUUAUUACUCGCCAACCACAGAUAAUUAUAACAAUAUUGAAGAUCUUGAUCUAGAACUUCGCUUGGGGCAAAGACCGAUGCCAUCAUAAUAAGCAAGACAACACAGUGUGUGAGGGUGUGUACUAGGUUUAUGCUUUGCAGUUUGAGGAAGAGAGUAGCACUGAGAUGUGUAAGAUACAGUCCUUUUUUUUUCAUAUUAUUUGAUGGUUCUUAUA